AUGAUUGGAGCACAAUAUAUUGCUGAUGCAUUGCAACAUAACACGACACUCAUCAUACUUGAUCUGGAAAACAAUAAAAUUGGAGCUAUCGGAGCGCAACAUAUGGCUGAUGCAUUACAACAUAAUAUGACACUCACUACACUUAAUCUUUCAUCGAAUCAAAUCGAAGCUCUCGGAGCACAACAUAUUGCUGAUGCCUUAAAACAUAACACGACACUCACCACACUUGAGCUACAAUUGAAUGAAAUCGGAGAUACAGGAGCACAACAUAUCGCUGAUGCAUUACAACAUAACACAACACUCACCACACUUGAUCUCUUCUCGGAUAGAAUCGGAGCUCUCGGGGCACAAUAUAUUGCUGAUGCAUUACAACAUAACAGGACUACUCCUGAAACUGCUAUAGAUGCUGCUACAGUCAAUCAACAUAAUAAUCUUGACAUGUUAAAAAAGUAG